UCUCCUGCUCUCGCCCAUGUAGAUACAAACACAAACAGGAGGCAGCGAGCAGUGUUUGUGCUGCUGGUUUAGUUUUUAAACUCAUGUAAAAGGGACUCGGAGGGCGCGAUUUAUAGGAAGAAUUUAUCCGCCAUUAGGAUGUGGAUCAGUCCGGAGGAGGUGCUGCUUGCUAACGCUCUGUGGGUGAGUGAGAGGGCCAAUCCCUUCUUCAUCCUGCAGAGGAGGAAGGGACACGGCAAAGGAGGAGGCAUCACCGGUCUUCUGGUUGGGACUCUGGAUGUUGUGUUGGACUCCAGUGCUCGUGUGGCUCCAUAUCGAAUCCUUCACCAGACAGGAGACUCUCAGCUCUUCUGGAGCAUUGCCUGUGGCUCAUCUCGCAAGGAGAUAACAGAACACUGGGAAUGGCUGGAGGCUAAUUUACUGCAGACCCUCUCCAUUUUUGAAAACGAUGAAGACAUCACUACUUUUGUCAAGGGCAAGAUACAGGGCAUCAUUGCCGAGGAGAAUAAAAGCCGUCAGACGCAAGAAGACGAGGAUUGUGGGAAGUUUCGGGAGGCGGAGCUGAAGAUGCGGAAGCUGUUUGGGAUGCCGGAGGAGGAGAAGCUGGUGAACUAUUACUCGUGCAGCUACUGGAAGGGUAGAGUGCCACGUCAGGGCUGGCUCUACCUCUCUGUCAAUCACCUGUGCUUCUACUCCUUCCUGCUUGGAAAAGAGGUGACAUUGAUAGUACAGUGGACGGAUGUGACUCAAUUAGAUAAGAAUGCCACACUGUUAUUCCCUGAGAGUGUGCGUGUGAGCACUCGGGACACAGAGCACUACUUCUCCAUGUUCCUCAAUAUCAACGACACGUUCAAACUGAUGGAGCAGCUGGCUAAUAUCGCCAUGAGACAGCUGCUGGAUAAUGAAGGCUUCUCGGCAGACCAGUCGCUCCCCAAACCCUGCAAGACCCUCAAAAAUGUUUCUGCACUCAAAAGGGACCUGGAUGCACGGGCGAAAAACGAGCGAUACCGAGCUCUGUUCCGCCUGACGAAGGAUGAGCGGCUAGACGGUCACACAGACUGCACUCUGUGGACGCCCUUUGCUAAGAUGCAUGUAGUUGGACAGAUGUUUGUCUCCAACAACUACAUCUGUUUCGCCAGCAGAGAGGAGGACUUGUGUCAACUUAUCAUACCGCUUCGGGAGGUGUCAAUAGUAGAAAAAGCUGACAGCAGCAGUGUUUUGCCUAGUCCUCUCUCCAUCAGCACUAAAAACAAGAUGACCUUUCUGUUUGCCAACCUCAAAGAUCGUGACUUCCUUGUUCAGCGCAUCUCGGACUUCCUGCAGCGAACGCCUGACAGACUCUGUAGCAUGACUGGGCAAUCUGAGAGUCCAAGCCCCAGCACCUCUCCUUCCCUCCCUCCAACACCACCAGUGCUGGGGUCAAGUGAGGUCACUCAGGAUCGCUGCUACAGCUCCAGCCUCCCCACGGCCAAGCAGGGUCUACUCCACAUCUACCAGAAGGGCUGUCCUGAAGACCUGGGACCCAAAGCGACAAAAGAGAAAAUGAAGGAAGAGUCCUGGAAUAUCCAUUUCUUUGAGUUUGGACGAGGUGUGUGCAUGUACCGCACGUCAAAGACACGGGACCUGGUACUAAAAGGGAUUCCUGAGAGUCUGAGAGGAGAGCUGUGGUUACUUUUUUCAGGUGCUCAGAAUGAGAUGGUGACACACCCAGGUUACUAUGCAGAGCUGGUGGAGCAGGCCAUGGGCAAGUGUACUCUAGCUACAGAGGAGAUCGAGAGAGACUUGCAUCGCUCCAUGCCUGAGCACCAUGCCUUCCAAAAUGAGAUGGGCAUCGCUGCUCUGCGACGGGUACUCACUGCAUACGCAUACCGCAACCCAGGCAUUGGCUACUGCCAGGCCAUGAAUAUAGUGACGUCAGUGUUGCUGCUGUACUGUACUGAAGAGGAGGCGUUCUGGCUGCUGGUGGCUUUGUGUGAACGGAUGCUGCCUGAUUAUUACAACACCAGAGUUGUAGGAGCGCUGGUGGAUCAGGGUGUGUUUGAGGAGUUGACACGGGAGUGUUUGCCACUGCUGUAUGAGCACAUGCAGGAGUUGGGCGUGAUCUCCACCAUCUCCCUGUCCUGGUUCCUUACACUCUUCCUGUCCGUCAUGCCAUUCGACAGUGCUGUGUUGUUGGUGGACUGCUUCUUCUACGAGGGAAUCAAAGUCAUCUUUCAGGUAUCAUUGGCUGUGCUACACGCUAACAUGGAGAAGUUGUUAAACUGCACAGAUGAGGGAGAGGCCAUGACCAUACUCGGAAGAUAUCUGGAUAACGUUGUGAACAAACAGACUGUGUCUCCACCCAUCCCCCACCUGCAUGCCCUGCUAACCAGCGGAGAUGAGCCACCACCUGAGAUUGACAUAUUUGAACUCAUUAAGACGUCCUAUGAGAAGUUUGGAAGUCUACGUGCUGAUGUCAUUGAGCAGAUGAGGUUCAAACAGAGGUUAAAGGUCAUACAGUCUUUAGAGGAUACGGCUAAGAGGAGUGUGGUGAGAGCCAUCAUGACUGACUCGGCCUUCAGUAUUGAAGAGCUGGAGGAACUGUAUGUUCUAUUCAAGGCCAAGCACAUCAUGAGCUGCUAUUGGGGUGCAAGUAGCACUGCUGCAGAGCGUCAUGACCCGAGUUUGCCCUAUCUGGAGCAAUACCGGAUCGACUGUGGGCAGUUCAUUCAGCUUUUCUCAGCCUUGGGCCCUUGGAGUUGUGGCAUGCACACUUCCACACUCGCUGCCCGCUUAUUUCGCCUGCUUGAUCAGAACAAAGACUCCCUCAUCAACUUUAAAGAAUUUGUCACAGGCCUGAGUGGGAUGUAUCAUGGUGAUAUGACUGAGAAAAUGAAGUUGCUGUAUAAAUUACAUCUGCCUCCAGCUUUGUGCCCAGAAGAGGCGGAGUCUGCACUUGAGGCCACUCACUUCUUUACUGAUGACAUGCCACAGGAUCCUCAAUCCUUGUCUCAUCUCGACUUCCUGGUCCAGGAAGUCACCUCAGGUGAGGAGGUGAAGGAGGUCGUGGAUGCAGGAGGAGAUUCUGAAGAGAAGAAAGAUGAAAAAGUAAAGGACUAUAAAUAUUACUUGAGAAUGUGGGCGAAGGAAAGGGAACCCAAGAAGGAGACCAUCAAAGAUCUGCCCAGAAUGAACCAGGAGCAGUUUAUCGAGCUGUGCAAGACUCUGUAUAAUAUGUUCAGUGAGGACCCUCUGGAGCAGGAGCUCUAUCAUGCCAUUGCUACAGUGGCCAGCUUAUUACUGCGCAUUGGAGAAGUGGGUAAGAAGUUUACCAACAACGGCAGCAAGAAGUGUGACGUCCAGACUCAGCCAGUGGUAGAGACUUCAGGAAAAGAGGACAGUUUUGGAGAAGCUUCUUGUGGACAAUCUCUGGUGUCAAAGGCCCUGGCAGAAGCCCAGCUGGAGACUCUGCCUCCUCCAGCCAAUGGGUCAGAUGAAGAUGUGAAAGACGAUACGUCCAUUUCAUCCUACUCUGUGGUCAGUGCCGGUUCCCUGCAGUGCGAAGACAUUGCAGAUGAUACAGUUCUAAUCGGUUGUGGAGUGGCUGGAGGUGGGAGUGACAGUAGGCGUGGCAGUGCUCCAGAUGGCGAUUGGUCGAUCUCAUUUGAGCAGGUGCUCGCAUCGUUGCUAACCGAACCGGCUCUGGUAAACUACUUUGAGAAGAAGCAUGAUAUCAUGAGCAAGGUGGCUAUCUGUAAGGCUCAGAGGGCUGUAGAAAGACAGAUCAGUUCGUCCAGUGACCAUGAGCUAGCUCAACUCUCCACCUAAAGUUUCAGCUAAUGGCUGCCAUUAAUAAAGGCACAUUCACUAUAAUUUAGAGAUCUGACUCCAUCACUAGUGCAUUAAUGAUCAUGCACUCACUCAUCACUUUUAGACCGUACAGCGAAGUCUAUAUGUCUGUACUCUUGCUCAUGCGGCCUUUGUCCUUUCAGGUUGAAUAGGUGAACGUGGUUUUUCUGCUGUUUGCAUGUUAUCUGUUGGUUUGCUACUCUUGAAUCAGAGUCCAGCCUUCAGUCAGUGCACUCACAUUUUAUGUCGACCAACAUUGAGUUUUUGUUUGUUUGUUUUUGUUUACCUCUGACUAGGCUAUGUGGCAUCAUACCAGUAACUUGAGUUGAAGCCUUAUCUGGACCUGCAUAUUCUUCAAUUUUGAGUCUUUUUGAAGGAUCGUUAUCGCCUAAAUUAGAAUGGGGAAAAAAAUUGACCAGCACACUACCUUGUUCAGAUGUGUAAUAUGAAUAGUAAGCUUGAUCUUUAUUCCCUAUAGUCUGAAAUCUUCAAAGUAGUCUUGCACUAAGUGUCUCAUAUUCAGACUGUGGUUUUAAAAUAAGAAGUGUCCUUUGUCAGAACAGCAUUUGCUGAAAUCCAUCCCCCCUUCCCCCCCUUAUUCAAAGUAUAUCACUGCUUAACUGAAUCGGCUUGUCAAUGUGGGGAAAAAAAAACCCUUGAGGAAUGAGGGACACCAAAAAGUUUAGCUUCUCUGCCCUGUGUACAAUCUUGGUCAUUCCGUUGUGGUGAUUGUUUUAGUGGUUCACCAGUCAAACCCCCUUAGAAUCAUUAUGAUAACUGACCUCUUUUAGAUAUUGCAAGAACUCUUACAUUGGGAUUAACGUCCCAGCUUUUAUUUCAGCUAAAAUGACUAAAUCGCUUUAGUUUCAAUAUUAUUCUUAAAACAUUCAGACAUCACGCAGGUACAGUAAAAAGUGGCUAAAUGUUAUUAACUGUAAUAUCUAAAGCUAUUUGGCUGCCAUUCAGUCAGGCUAAAAGCUAAUAUAUAACCAGCUGUCAGCCCCGUGUUCUCCCAUCCUUGAUUAAGUUAAUAGAGGCAGUAAGACAGUAACUUUGGCAUUUGCUUUCCAGAUGUGCAGUAUUUCUGCUAAGCAGUAGCUAAUGGUUGUUUGUUGGUAACAGCUGAAUAUUUUAUUGCUGAAUGUAAGUGUAACAAUGUUUUUACUGUCACAUAACUCUACUCUGCUUUUGGUUUCCCCCCCAUAUAAUUUUAAUUGUUGCCUUUUGUACAAAAUAAACAGGUUUAAAUAGACCUCAAUGCAAUUCACAUAUGCGUUUUAUAUGCCAAAAUGUAGGGCUUAAUUGCGAUUAUUAGUUCUUGGAAGCUAUACUUUCUGCUAGCGUUUAAACUUCCUCCUAUAACUGAGGCCAACAAAUAGACAUUCCUGAUGCACAUUACAGCUCAGAAUCGGAUGUUUUCAAAAACAGCAGCGUGAAUAUCCCUGUUUUGUUUCCAGUAUUAAGCAGAAGAAGCCUGUUCAGUCUACGUCACUUUUCGAACACUAAUUUCUACAAAUUUCAACCGCUCCUCGUUUCAGUUUCUAACUAUUCAUGUCGUGCAUAAAGAUGAGUUUGCAAACAUUUUGUGUUCUGCCAGACAUCUGGGCCUGCUUCAGUUUAAUCUAACUGCUUCUUGUUUAGUUAUUUAGUCUUGCUGCAUAUCCAUAUCUCAGGUACUAUUGAGCUUUAACUGGUAGGUUGUUGAGAAGAAAUGGCAAGAAUGCUCACACUUCACCAGAGCAAAUGAUACUCGGUCAAAAUAAAAAGAUUCAGAACGCAGUGGAAGGUCAGAUGCUGUUUCACAAUUCUGGAUCUGGGAAAAUGGGAACCAAGGGGGGGAACCCACACCUACUAUAAUUUGCAGGCAAUGAUCGAUGCAUAUCCACUAAAAAGUCCUGUAAUUCUCCUCAGCAUGUGUAAACGUACAGUCCAGUCAGAUCCCAAUGAAACAUGUCUAUUCUGUUGCUGUGUGUGAGAGAACUAUAUUGUAAAUGGCUUUCAACACAGAGCAAGUGUUUUCCAUUAUAAUUUUCAUGCUUCACUGUGAUCGUACCCAGUAUCAUUGGCUUCAAAAUAAGCUUAAUAAUGCACAUUUCUAUGAUUUGUCUACUUCCUUGUCCUGGAUUUCAUGUUUUAAUUUGCUUCGAUAUAUUGUAUAAUAGAUUUCUGUCACAAUAAUACCUACAGUAUUUAAUCCAUACCUAGUUAUUUGCUCAUUUAAACUGUUUUUAAAAUUUGU